AUGGCUCCUAAAAAUAAAAAGGGACAAAAAGUCCUCUUGACCGACUUCUUGGCCGAUACUUCUACCGGCCGAUCAUGGGCUGACGAGAUGGAUGAACUCCCGACCGCUCCCGCACCCAGAGAUCCCAACGAACCCCAGAACUCCGGACUUGGCGGAUCACAUCUCAGUCGUGGCGAUGGCAACCGAUACGGCGAUCGAGACCAAUAUCGCAGAGGGGGCGAUCGAGACGGCAUGGAGAGACCCAACCGAGUCGAGGUGCCCAUACCCGACAAGCCACCGUACAAUGCGUUUGUUGGAAACCUCAGCUGGGAAAUUGGAACCACCGAGCUGGAGGAAUUCUUUGGACCCUCUCAUAUCACUUCGAUCCGACUGAUCACAGAUAGUGCGACUGGUAAACCUAAAGGCUAUGGUUAUAUCGAAUUUGAUGACAGGGAUGCACUAGUGGCAGCUACAGACAAAUCAGGUCGUGAGCUGGGCGGUAGACCGGUCCGAGUUAGUGUUGCUGAACCACCAAAAGAGCGCGAAGAUCGCACCGGAGGCGCCUGGCGACGAGAGGGACCGCUCCCCACAUUUGAUGACAAUCGUCGCACUCGGCAUUCCUCCCAUCAGGAACGCUCAAGUAUUGACGAUGUAGAUCGAGGCGAACGAAUGGGAUUUGGAUCGAAUGUCAGCAACUGGAGAAGAGCGAAACCAGUUGAGCCUGAGGCUUCUCCUAAAGUCCCACCAACUGCCCCACCCACCCGCCGCAAGCUCGAACUUUCGGCUAGAACUGUGACUUCAUCGGAUGGAACUCUAACACCCCCUGCAUCUCUUGCCACGAAUAAGCCAUCUCCUUUUGGAGCGGCGAAACCCAUCGACACCACCGAGCGAGAAAAGGCGAUCCAAGAAAAACUGGAUCGGGAGCGCGCCGAGUUGGCCGCAGGUAACGCCAAGAAACCAACUACGAACCCGGAUGAGAAAGCGGCACCUGAGGUCGAGUCCAAAGUACCUUCCGUUGCCACUACCGCUGCCCCUAAAGCACCCAAGCCCAACCCGUUCGGAGCUGCCAAGCCGGUGGAUACUCUACAAAAAGAAUUAGAAGUUGAACAGAAGCUUGAAAAAGAGAAGGCUCUUCUGGAAGAAAAGCUGAAGAAGGAAGCGCAAGAGGCCAAAUCGGUCCCUUCAUCAAUUUCUACCAACAUCCGAGGUCCCCCCCACGCCACUGCUCCUGAAAGUUCUACCACCACCACUGCUGCCAACCACCAUCUGAUGGGCGAGCUGUUCGCCGUUGCCGUUGAAAGAACGGUAACCAUCAUGUGA